AUGUCACAGAAAGUGCCCAUUAGGGAUCCCCAUCUACAAGUCCAAAGUUGGACGCGAUGCAAGCUUCCAAUCCAUGUGCCCUUGCCGGAAAGUGUAUCGAAAAAUCGUAUUGAAGAUCUUCCAGAAAUCUGGCAUGAAUCAUUGACCGGUCUCAUGAACGCUCCGGGCUUCUUGAAUUUCAAGUGUGCUCGAAAUACUGUGAAUCUCCAAGAAGUGCUUUUUGCAAUCGGUUAG